AUGUCGUCUACAGGAAUAAUCGCCAGUGUAAAGCUUGCACUGAAGUUCAAGGGCUAUAUGAUAGGAAAUGGAUGCACGGAUGAGCAAUUCGAUGGGGAUGCUUUUGUGCCAUUUGCACAUGGAAUGGGUCUUAUAUCAAAUGAUUUGUUUCAGGAAGUUAAGUCUGCUUGUCAAGGAAGUUAUUGGAACCCAGUAAAUGAAACCUGCGAAGAGAAGCUAAACAAAGUUGACCAGGAGCUUAAGGAUUUAAAUAUCUACGAUGUUCUUGAGCCAUGCUACCAUCAUCCUGAAAUAAGAUAUUCUUCAGCUGAUGAUAUCAGGCUGCCUUCUAGUUUCAGAAGGCUUGGGGAGACCGAUAGACCGAGAUAUUCUUCAGCUGAUGAUAUCAGGCUGCCUUCUAGUUUCAGAAGGCUUGGGGAGACCGAUAGACCGAUGCAUGUGAGGAGGAGAAUGUUUGGCCGCUCAUGGCCUUUCAGAGCUACGGUCAGAGCUGGACGUGUUCCAACAUGGACAGAGCUGGGACGCAGAAAACCUCUAUGCACAAUAAGUACGACAAAGUUUGGGAGCUUUUAA